AUGACAAGCGACGACCAGUUCUUCUUCGACUUUCUCUCCUACAUCCCGCAUGACGUAAAACGAUACUCGGCAGAGGUCGCCGACAGUAUCGAUCGCCAUGUCGACCAAGCAGCGAGCGUCAUCAAAGAAACUCUGACCAUCUAUUUCCCGAAUAUAUUACCGGUCGGUUCGCGCAACGUGCCCGCUUUACGACGGCCGCCACCAAAGUCCGUCACCGAUCGGGUUUGUGACUGGGUGAUGCGGAAUAGAGCCUGGACAGCUGCCUUUGUCGCUUUCUUCGGGACGGGUGCGGUUUUAUAUUUGGGAAGUCGCACGUUUGAUAAUAGGAAGAGAAGAGCGCGACGCGCUGGGAAUGGUGCGCGGAAGGAGAUAGUCGUCAUCGCUGGAUCGCCGCACGAGCCUAUGACACGAGCAAUAGCGGAAGACCUUGAACGUCGCGGAUUUAUAGUAUAUGUCAUCGUGCAGUCGGCGGAGGAAGAGCAUACCAUUCAGAUGCAGAACCGGGCUGAUAUCCGGGCAUUGCAUUUGGAUCUGACGAUAACACCCUCAACACCCUCCGAAAUUCAUCCUGCCCUUCACGGCAUAUAUUCUCUCAUAUCGCAACCACAAUCCCCGGCACCCGGCAUCCAACCUCAUACAUGCCAGUUGAGCGGACUCAUUAUACUGCCCUCUUUGAACUACCCCACGGGUCCUAUACCAACAAUCACAGCAUCCAGUUGGGCCGACACAAUCAACACGCGACUUUUAUCACCUAUAUUAAUAACGCAACUAUUCACCCCUCUCCUCACACACCGGAAUCACAGCAGCUCCAUCGUCUUUCUCUACCCCUCAAUCUCAUCAUCACUAUCAGCGCCUUACGCCGCUCCCGAAGUCGCUGUGUCCAGAGCUCUAUCCGGAUUCGCAACUUCCCUCCGACAGGAGCUUCGCUUAUUACAAUUCAGCAACGGCAGCCCAUGUAACGUGGAUGUCGUAGAGAUGAAGCUGGGCAAUAUCGACCUAGGACCUCACUACCGCAUGCCCCAGGUUGCCGGCACAGAGAUCCUUGCCUGGAGUCAUCAUCACCGAUCUCUAUACGGACCUUCUUAUUUAGCAAGUGUCGAGCAGCGACCAGCGGCAUCCACCGGACCGAAUGCUAUCCGUGGAUCACCUGCCAGGGCUCUACAUAACGCCAUAUUCGAUAGUAUAGCGCCGCCGCGCAAGUCGGUCCUUGGAAGGAAAAAGAGAAGAGAGGCCGUGGUUUAUGUUGGGCGUGGAUCGCGCUCGUACGGGAUUAUAGGUGCUUGGAUUCCGACUAGUCUUGUUGGAUGGAUGUUAGGACAUGGCAGUUUGCCGCAUCUUGCCUCGGAUAGUGGAAAUAGCAGUGAGACAGGGUGGGAGAGGGUGUAG